GAGCUGGAGAGAGAUGCAGGAGGGUCGGUAGCGUACGAAAACAAAAUAGUAAACAGAGAAUAAGGUCGGUGGCUAGAUAAAUGUGUUUGACUUGAUCAGUUUUGCAUGUUACUUUUGUACAGCAUGUGUUCUCUGCAUUGAUAACUGACCUCUUGUGUCGUAAGCUUUGUUACCGUGACAGUAAUGUACAAGAACUGAAGGAGGAGUGGUAUUUUUGGCUGGUUUGCGGUGACGCAUAGCUAGAUCGUGCUAGCCAGAACGUUACUUCCCAGCAGUAGAGUAGACUUUGUCGGCCCAUCAAAUUAAGGCAUAACACAAUGUGCUGGCUUCAAUUAGGCUUGCAUUUGGGAUUAUUCGCUAUCGGGAACUAUGUAGAGAUUGAUGUCGAUUUAAUCUAAGUACAAGAAGGCUGACUCUGAACUGUACUGUAAACAAUAUGGCAACUGUGUAGGAGUCAGGCCUAGCCAGGGAUAGGCCGUGGUCACUGGUCAUAGACUGGAGGUCUGAGUGGUAUUUCAACUAGUACCGGGUGGUUAUCUGCAGUUCAGCCGUGCUGGGUCUCUUUCGACCGGCCAAAGCAGUGUCACGCAUUGCCCCAUCGCUACAAAUAGCUAGGUUAAAACGUCAAUCAGCAGUAGAAACAAUAAGAACGCAAAUUCCCGGACCCUGUUUCGGUAAAAAUCUGAGGGAUAGGGCUGGAGAAAUGUAACCACUCUCAAAUUCAUAGACAGAGCUAUGGAUGCAAGGACUAACCAUAAUAAUAUUUUUAACCAUGUUUUGAGGCUAUAUUGUGUUUGUUUACAUUUACUUUGUUUACAAACAUUGGAGUAAAACAAGCUUAUAUUUUGGGUUUUGAUGGGGUAUGACAGUUGAACUAAGCUUGAGGCAUUUAUAAGUUAUAUUCUUCAAGAAUCAAUUGGUACUUAUCAUGAAUUUAGCAACUUCUGAUUGCCCCUUUAAUUGUUGUGUAAUUUUUGUAUUUUUUUGUAUUUUAUUAGGAUCCCCAUUAGCUGUUACAAUAGGGGUCCUAAUCUAGGAGGCGGAAAGGGCAGAGAGAGGGAUAGCCGAGAAUCUAGUUCAGUAGGACAAGAUAGGGCUUUCAGUAGUGAGCAAAUGUCAGACCGGCUUGACAGGACUAUAUAUAGUCUGUCAGGCAAAUUGCUGACCCCUGUAGGUGUGCAAGGCUCUUUUAUGGAGCAACAAAGCCUGGCAGGCAACUAGCCGUGGCUGACCCCUGUAGAGCACUGGUUCUCAAACCUCUCCUCGGGACCUUCAGCCAUUCCAUGUAUUUGUUCUAUUCCAGAGCUAGCACGCCUGAUUUAACUUGUCAACUAAUCAUCAAGCCCUUGUAUAGGUGAAUCAGGUCAGCUAGUUUAGAGCUACAACUAAAUUGUGAAAUGUUUGGAGUGAAGUUUGAGAACCACUGCUGUAGAGGUGCAAGGCUCUUUUAUGGAGCAACACAGCCUGGCAACCUAGUGCCAGUCUGUCACACUAGUCAGAUACAGUAGUGGAAUGCAGUGUUCCAUUGUUCCAGUGCAACCUCCCUCAAAGCAUACUAAAGCCUCUGCCAAGAGGCUCAGACCUCUAUGGCACAGGAGGUUGCCUUGUAGCAAAGUCACUGGUUCCAGCUCCCUUAUUCACCACACAAUCAAAAUUGGGUUGAAAGAUAAAAGUGCUUGACUUGAUCCGUUAUAUUAUAUGCAUGUCACUUUUGUUUGUAUCGAUCUGUAAUGGUACCUUUGUCGAGAGCUCUAAUACUACGAGGCAGUAAUUUAUGUACAGUGAAUGAAUUAGAGGAGUGUACACAAUCAAAAUGACAUAAUCAGCCGUGGCUGUGUUGACUGAAUGAUACAGACAAUACAGGCUGCAUUUUUUCCCGUAGGUGUGUGUGUGUUGGUGGAACUCUGAGAGUGUGUGCGCCCAGAGCGCGCCACCAUGCCUGUGACAUCACAGCUUUUCCGAGGCUUCCCUCGAGCGAGGCUCUGGGGUUCCUCCCUGUUCCCAUGCCAACGCCAGCCCCCCUGCUGCCCCUCCUCGUCGCAGCCUAACCCCACAUGGCCGUCAACCAUGCCCAUGCGUGGCUAUAGGAGGACCCCUGACCUCCACAGCUACAAUCUCACCCCCCCACAGGUCAACUCAAUCCUCAAGGCCAACGAGUACAGCUUCAAGGUAGGGGCGGACGAUACACACGAGUACAGCUUCACGAUUACGCUGAGACCAUAAGAAUAUGAGUGUGUGCUUUGGUUCUAGGUUCCAGAGUUUGAUGGUAAGAACGUGUCGUCGGUAAUGGGGUUCGACAGUAACCAGCUGCCUGCCAACGCACCCAUCGAGGACCGGCGCAGCGCUGCCACCUGUCUGCAGACGCGGGGGAUGCUGCUGGGAGUGUUCGACGGCCAUGCAGGCUGCGCCUGUGCACAGGUAGAGUUUCUGCUGUCAUUGUGUAUAAUCACCAAGCUAGUUUUCAUGUGCAGUUAAAACAUCUACCUCUCUCUUUUUCUCAGGCGUUGAGUGAGAGGUUGUUCUACUACAUAGCCAUGUCGUUGAUGCCCCAUGAGACCCUGUGUGAGCUGGAGUCGGCAGUAGAGGCAGGCAGACCCCUGAGCCCCAUCCUGCAGUGGCACAAACAUCCCAACGACUACUUCACCAGGGAGGCACAGACUAUGUACUUCAACAGCCUCAGAACCUACUGGCAGGAACUCAUAGACCUCAGCAGGUACACACACACACACACACACUCGCAGCAAGUCAUAGACCUCAACAGGCAUGGGGUAAUGAGGAUGCAUCAGUAAUGUUAUUAAACAUGGGUCAUUAUUCAGUGUUGGAGUUGAUUGUAUGUGAUUGUGUUCCCAGUCCAGGGGAGAGCCUAGGGCCCAGAGAGGCAUUGCUGAGUGCCUUUAAGAGACUGGACAGUGACCUGUCUCUGGAGGCUCAGGUGGGAGACCCUGUUCUAUCCCCUUGACUUCUAUCCUCCAUCCAUCGAUGUCUCUGUGUUACCAUAGUAUCCAGCCCUGGGUAUAAAUGUGUAGUGCUGAUCCCUGUUUUGUGUUGUCCAGGUGGGAGACGCCAAUUCCUUCCUCCACUACUGGGUUCUGAGAGUGGCCUUCUCUGGAGCGACUGCCUGUGUAGCUCACAUUGAUGGAUCCGACCUGUACGUACUCUAGUCCACACCCAUGGAUCUCUCUCUGUUGGCUCUCAUAUGAACUACCUGAUCUCGAUCUGUCUGCUCCAUCUAGCUCUGACUGUCUGAAUGUGGCUGUGUAGGUAUGUAGCGAACACGGGCGACGGCCGGGCGGUGCUAGGGGUCCAGGAGAAGGAUGGCUCGUUCAGCGCUCACACGCUCUCCAACGACCACAACGCCCAGAAUGAGAAUGAGGUGGCCCGCAUCCAGGGGGAGCACCCCCCCGCUGAGAAGAAGACUGUCAUACGACAGGUCAGUACCGUUGCACAUCCAGAGAGAACGGUGGCACAGCAGGUCAAUUAAACAUAACGUUUAAAAAAAACAUAUAUCCCCUAUCUCUUUCUCUCCCUCUGUCAGGACCGGUUGUUAGGCCUGCUGAUGCCGUUCCGUGCGUUUGGAGAUGUGAAGUUCAAGUGGAGCAUUGACUUGCAGCGAGGUGUGUUGGAGUCAGGACCAGACCAGCUCCAUGACAAUGAACACACCAAGUUCAUCCCCCCCAACUACCACACCCCUCCCUACCUCACGGCCGAGCCUGAGAUCACACACCACCGCCUCCGACCUCAGGACCGCUUCCUGGUGAGAGACAAAGCAUUGGUCAAUUGAUUGAUUGACCAAUUCAUGAUUUCAUUAAUUCAUUGGUUGAUAAGGCUUUGUUGUCUUUUCUUUAACAGAAACUUGCAUUGUGUUCCAUUUAAAACGUACAGUGGCUUGCGAAAGUAUUCACCCCCCCUUGGCAUUUUUCCUAUUUUGUUGCCUUACAACCUGGAAUUAAAAUUGAUUUUUUGGGGGUUUGUAUCAUUUGAUUUACACAACAUGCCUACCACUUUGAAGAUGCAAAAUAAUUUUUUUGGUGAAACCAAGAAGAAAUAAGACAAAAAACUGAACUUGAGCGUGCAUAACUAUUCACUAGUCAAUACUUUGUAGAGCCACCUUUUGCAGCAAUUACAGCUGCAAGUCUCUUGGGGUAUGUCUCUAUAAGCUUGGCACAUCUAGCCACUGGGAUUUUUGUCCAUUCUUCAAGGCAAAACUGCUCCAGCUCCUUCAAGUUGGAUGGGUUCUGCUGGUGUACAGCAAUCUUUAAGUCAUACCACAGAUUCUCAGUUGGAUUGAGGUCUGGGCUUUGACUAGGCCAUUCCAAGACAUUUAAACGUUUCCCCUUAAACCACUCGGUGUUGCUUUAGCAUAAUGCUUAGGGUCAUUGUCCUGCUGGAAGGUGCACCUCCAUCCCAGUCUCAAAUCUCUGGAAGAUUGAAACAGGUUUCCCUCAAGAAUUUCCCUGUAUUUAGCGCCAUCCAUCGUUCCUUCAAUUCUGACCAGUUUCCCAGUCUCUGCCGAUGGAAAAACAUCCCCACAGCAUGAUGCUGCCACCACCAUGCUUCACUGUGGGGAUGGUGUUCUUGGGGUGAUGAGAGGUGUUGGGUUUGCGCCAGACAUAGCGUUUUCCUUGAUGGCCAAAAAGCUCAAUUUUAGUCUCAUCUGACCAGAGUACCUUCUUCCAUAUGUUUGGGGAGUCUCCCACAUGGCUUUUGGCGAACACCAAACGUGUUUGCUUAUUUUCUUCUUUAAGCAAUGGCUUUUUUCUGGCCACUCUUCUGUAAAGCCCAGCUCUGAGGAGUGUACGGCUUGAAGUGGUCCUAUGGACAGAUACUCCAAUCUCCGCUGUGGAGCUUUGCAGCUCCUUCAGGGUUAUCUUUGGUCUCUUUGUUGCCUCUCUGAUUAAUGCCCUCCUUGCCUGGUCUGUGAGUUUUGGUGGGCAGCGCUCUCUUGGCAGGUUUGCUGUGGUACCAUAUUCUUUCCAUUUUUUAAAUAAUGGAUUUAAUGGUGCUCCGUGGGAUGUUCAAAGUUUCUGAUAUUAUUUUAUAACCCAACCCUGAUCUGUACUUCUCCACAACUUUGUCCCUGACCUAUUUGAGGAGCUCCUUGGUCUUCAUGGUGCCGCUUGCUUGGUGGUGCCCCUUGCUUAGUGGUGCCCCUUGCUUAGUGGUGUUGCAGACUCUGGGGCCUUUCAGAACAGGUGUCUAUAUACUGAGAUCAUGUGACAGAUCAUGUGACACUUAGGUUGCACACAGGGGGACUUUAUUUAACUAAUUAUGUGACUUCUGAAGGUGAUUGGUUGCACCAGAUCUUAUUUGGGGGCUUCAUAGCAAAGGGGGUGAAUACAUAUGCACGCACCACUUUUCCGUUAUUUAUUUUUUAGAAUUUUUUGAAACAAGUAAUUUUUUUCAUUUCACUAUUUUGUGUAUUUAGUCAUUUGUAUGUCCAUUACAUGAAAUCCCAAUAAAAAUCAAUUUAAAUUACAGGUUGUAAUGCUACAAAAUAGGAAAAACGCCAAGGGGGAUGAAUACUUUUGCAAGGCACUGUACCUAUAUCUGAAGUUAUAUAGUUAUAUAGAAGUUUCCUUUUAUUAACUAGAGAUCUUUGUCUCUCCUCCCGCAGGUGCUGGGUACAGACGGGCUGUGGGAGACGCUCCACCGACAGGAGGUGGUCCGGAUCGUAGGGGAGUAUCUAACGGGGGUCCACCAGCGUCAGCCCCUCACCGUGGGCGGCUACCAUGUCACCCUGGGACAGAUGCAGGGGCUGCUGGCUGAGAGGAAGGCCCGCGCCUCCUUGGCAUUCCAGGACCAGAAUGCUGCCACCCACCUGAUUCGCCACGCGGUGGGCAACAAUGAGUUUGGAGCAGUGGACCAUGAGACUCUGUCCAAGAUGUUGUCUCUGCCUGAGGAACUGGCCCGCAUGUACCGCGACGACAUCACCAUCAUCAUCACACAGUUCAACCCCCACGUGGUUGGACACCAGCGCCAAGGGGGGGAGUCCUGAGCCAGCUCAGCCUAUCAGAGGGGAAUGCGGACAUGAACAGGAAGUUUACUUUUUAGGAGGAAAAACACUGAUGUGAGGACUGGGUCUUGCUACAGACACACGGUUAAGACCUAAUCUUUAUUUUACCAAACACACACAAAACAUACUGUUGAUGGACUAACCUUGCAGAGGGAGGACUGCCUACCUGUGGACUCCUUAUUUUAGGAUUGUUAUUGAAGAAGAAGUGUGUGUAUGUGCACAUGUGAGCACACAGUCCUGGUCAUGUGGAUUGUUGAAAUGCUUGCUGAAACUGAUCACAAGUUGGCUCUUUUCUGAGUUUUGUGGCCUUGUGUGUGUAUGAAGCCUUUAAAUGAUAUUUGAUCAAGCUCUCUGCAGCAUUCUGCUUCUCUGCACUGAAAAUGUCACAGUCUCUGCCCAUAGGAAACUUUCAUUUGUGCCAAAAGAGUUUGCUGUGUUAUAACUAUGUUGUCUGAGCAUUGCGCUAAUGAUGCAGUGGCAGCCUUUGUGUUUGUUCAAUCUGGCCUGUCUACUCCUCUACAAACAUCCCUCCCUCUCCCAUAUCACAGAUUCUGUGCUGUGCAGUUGCAGCAUCUGUCCUGCUCUAGAGCUGCAACUGGCCUCCAUCCUGGCACUACCACAUGGCUCUGCUGUUACAUAGUAGGGCUCUCUGUCUGUCUCUGUUCUGUCAUUGGAUGGAUCAGUGUCCUUUUAUACUUGUUACAGACGGACAGCCAAGAGCACCCAGGCACACUUCUUGUUGUCUUAUAUUUUGAAUAAUGAUUUCAAACAUUGACUGUUUUGUCAACCUUCGAGAGGAAUAGCUGCCUGUGUCUAUAUAAAGCAGAUUUUAGCAGAUUUUAUUGCUCUGCUUUAUUGAGAAGGAGACAGACGGCGUCACUAAGAUAGGAACCAUUUUCCUAGAACAGUCACCAACCCAGGUCCUGGACAGCUAUGUAGUGUGCAGGCUUUAGUUCCAGCACUAACACAUCUAUCACAACUACUCAUCCAAAGGAAUCAGGUGUGUUAUGCGCUGAGUGUGUCUGAGAGAUUCUACAGCAGACUGAGGGAGGGGUGGUAUUCUGUAGAGAGGAGGGGUGUGUGUUCAGAUGCUUGUUUUUUAGGGUUGCGAGGUAUACAUGUUUCAAAGGAAUAUAGUGGUUAAACCACUCUUUCUCACUCUCUUUUGUGUUUUUUGACUGUUAUACGCUCAUACAGGGGAUAUGGUAUACUAAUGUGAUCAUGGUUUGGUGUAUACAUUUACAUUUUAGUCAUUU